CGUAGAGUCGAGAGAGGAGAGGAUUGACGCAAUGCCGCCGGGUAGCGAUCGCAGCGAUCGGAGUCGCGCAGCGGAUGAAGCAGUGGGAGAACAGAAUUCCAAUCCCUGGGGAGCGCUUGUGGCAGUGUCGGAGAGCGCCAAGCAGCGCGAUCGGGUGGAUAUGAUGCUAUGGCGCCCGGAGCAUAUGCUGGGACGCACUGUCCGCGAGAAAGAGUUCCUCUUCUCCGAGCCAGGGAUCAGCGGUCUACAUUGCACGAUUUCCAGGAGGAAAGCCGAUGGCGAGGAAGGGUUUGUGACCUACAUCAAAGAUUCGAGCUUGAAUGGGACCAAUGUCAAUGGCCGGAAGCUCACGAAGAACGUGGAAGCAGUGCUCAAAGACGGGGACUUGGUGUCUCUGUUGUACGUGUCCAACCUUUACUCGUAUCUCUAUCGGGAUCUCGCCUCGGCAAAGCGAAAGGCCGUUUCUGGGGAGAAUGACGAGAACAAAAGGCCAAAGAAGGACAAAGGCAUACAAAUCUGUGAACCUUUGGCGGCGCAUGGUGGCACUCAGGAUGCGGGACUAGAGCUACGAACAGCGGAAGAGUACAAGAUGAAGCUGGAAGAAGCCUUGCGAGAAAAUGCGGCGCUAACAGAAACGCUGGAGAAGAAACUCCAAGAGGAAAAAGAGAAAUGGGAAGAUGAGAAGCGCAGAGAGGCGGAGGCUCUGGAACAAAAAACUGCAGAUCUUACGAAGGCAAUUAACAAGGAAAAAGGCCUUUCCGAUUACCUCAAAGAGGAGCUGAGAAAGAUUCGUCAGCGCAUCGACGAGAUCCUGGAAUACGCUAGGAAGACGAACAAUUCAAGCAAUGGCGCUGAAAAUGCUGCAUCUGUUGAGGGCCAGCUGAACGAACGCGGCGCUUUAAGGGAAAUUGGAGUGAACGCGCGAGGAUUGGAUCCCGGGAUGAUGGAGGCCGUCGCAGGGCCCAGCAGAUACAGGGGAGAAGAUUCUUCUGGUCUACCGGGAGCAGGGGGUGAUGCUGCUUUGGACGUGCGUUACAAAGAAUUCAAGCUCACGACGAGCGAGAGCAUGCCGUACGUGCCUGAGGACUCGGACGAGGUGAGAAACAGGCUCCGGCGCGCCGCAGCACCACUCACGUCGGCCGACCUCCGAGCUAACGAGAGCUUGCCGAAGACGUCCAACGAUGAAGAAGCGAAUGUAGGAGGCCGGGGUGGUGAAAAACUGGCUUCAGUGGCUCCAGCGGCGGCACAGGCUACGAGAAGAGGUCGCCGUCACUCGUCCGACGUGAGAUCCGACGCGAGAUCACCGGUGCCGGGCGACGAGGUAGUUGGCCCGAUGCCAGCCGAACAGGGACAGGGAGAAGAUGUCGCUCUGGUGGAAGGCCCUCGUGUUCUCCAGGCAGGAGCUGGAGUUUUGGCGGCGGCGGCAGCACAGGCCGGGCACGGUGGCAGCCAAGUCGGGAACUCGGACACACAGCCAGGGGGUGCGCAUCCCGUGGAAGAGCUGCUUGGAUACAGCCAGACGCAGCAGCUCGAGGAAUUCACGCAGUUUGGCCCAGCUCUCCCACAGCGUCCUCCUCGUCCACGCAUGAUUCAGGUACUCACGGAGGAAGCGCGAACUCUGCACAGGAUCAUCUUCAAUGGACAAGAGAUGCUGUAAGUACGAUGCUCUAGGCGGCGGGAUUUUGAUCUGGUACCUCGUUUUGCUUUCGGUUGUUUCUUCCCCUUCUUUUAGCAGACUGAUCGGUGUGGUACAUACUUCUUUAUAACUUCUUUCAGCGAGAUCGAAGAACGAACUUUACACAGCGGGAUAGGACUGACGGGCUAAAUGCCUUGAUUAUGAAAACGGUUUUGUAACUAAUUAGUAUACGGUUUUCCGAUUCAUGGAUAUAGUUUUAUUCGUAAAUCUCGACGUAGUGCAUUCGGUUA